AUGCAGGACAUAUUUGAAACCCAGAGAAAAUGUUUGCGGUUAAUGGGUCACACGUUGGAAGAUGAAAAAUCACCGCUUUUACGUAAAUGGAAUAGUUUUAUUUAUUAUGGCUCUCUGCUUUUGGUGUUAUCUGCUCAAUGGCCAAUGAUUAAUUACGUGGUUUACAACAUUGAUGAUUUAACACUUGCGACUGCAAGUCUCAGCAUUGUGUUGACAAAUAUGUUGACAGUGAUUAAAAUGAUAACUUUUUUGAUGUACAAGCAAAGGUUCAUGGAACUAAUGGAGCAAUUUGGUGAAAUGUUCAACGCUGCGCAUGUAAGCGAGGUCAAACGCGGCUUGACUGUGGCCAAUAAAAUAGCAAUGAAGUUAGUGAAAUUAUAUUACUUUUCGGUAUCUUCAACUGGUUUGUAUUUUAUGAUUGGACCAUUGGUGAAGAUAAUCUGGUCUAAAAUAAAUCAUAAAACCAUCAUAAGAGAUUUACCGAUGCCCAUGAGAUUUAAUUUUGAUUUUGUGUCCACGCCCGGCUAUGAGUUUGGGUACGUCUACACUGGUUUUGUUACGAUGACAGUGGUGAUGUAUGCCAGCGCCAUUGAUGGUUUAUUUCUAUCGUUCACUAUAAAUCUACGUUCACAUUUUCAAGCGUUGCAAUUUUUUAUUAAAACAAAUAAGUUUAGAAGAUCAGAUAAAGCAGCACAAUAUGAUAUCAGCAAAUAUAUUGAUUACCAUGUUUUACUUUUGGAUCUAUCGAAUAAGGUGCGACAAAUCUACAAGCCAAUUGUUUUUGGUCAGUUUCUGUUAACAUCAGUGCAAGUAUGCGUUAUUAUAUAUCAACUAGUGACUCAUUUAGAUACUUUACUAGUUUUAGUGGUUUAUUGCACCUUUCUUGCGGCCAUACUUUUGCAGUUAUUCAUAUAUUGCUAUGGUGGAGAAAUACUUAAAGUUGAAAGUUCAAUGGUUGGAGUUUCUGUGCAGCUAUCUAACUGGUAUCUCCUGACUCCAAAAACGCGUCGAAUGUUGCUUCUGGUAAUGUUACGAUCUCAACGUGAAGUGGUAAUAAAGGCUGGCUUUUAUGAAGCAUCUUUAGCAAAUUUUAUGGUGAUUUUGAGAGCUGCAAUGUCGCUAAUAACACUUAUACAAUCUAUCGACUAAGAUUAUUAUUUAGAUGUAUUGAAUAAUAGCAACUUGUCUAUUCUUUUAAUAGUUGAGAUACGAAUGUAUCUGUGAAAUUGUAGA